AUGUCACAAAGUCAGCACUCUAACUUCGCAUCCUCAAUUUAUGACGGCGAGAUAGAUAAUCUUAGCUAUCUUACAACACCAAACCCCCCAGCCACUCCAUCUGGUAGUCAAUACACGCUUGAUGCCUCCGAACAAGACUUUCUCCGACCUCUCCGACCGGUAGUUCCUUCCUCUUUUACGCGCGUUGGACCCGACCGAAGGAAAGCCUUUGUUCUCUAUGAAAGAAUGGCCCAUAGUGAAUGGGUGGACUGGUGGUUACAGACUGAUUAUGGGAGAAAAAGUAAGAUCAACUGGGACUCAACCCGACAUGCGGAGAUUUGGAGCCAGUUCCACCAAGUUGCCCAUAAUAUGGAUGGUGCGCCAAAGGUAAUGUGUCAACGCUGUGAUGCUAUCCUUGAGCAUCCAUACACAGUUAAUCCAAAGGCAAAGGCAGGGUGUUUAAAGGCCGGGCAAGGGAAGGGGAAUGAGAUCACUAAAUUUCUAAAGAAUGGGAGACUACCGAUGGAUGAUAAUACGCCCCUUUCACAAGAAUCAUGGGAAGAAGACCUCCUCCAAUUUUUAACACUUAAUCGACUCCCACUUCACCUUAUUGAGCAUCCCUCGCUCCGGCGUCUGAUUUCUCGGGCUCGCUGCGCCCUAAGCCUACCAAUAAUCCCCUCUGCCGAUACAAUCCGCCGCCGAUUAACAAGCAUUGUUAAAGACCGGCAAGAAGGCAUACUUCGGAGAUUACCAGUUGGCUCAAAGAUAUCAAUUGCGCUUGAUUGUUGGACGUCUCCCUAUUCGCAGUCGUUUAUGGCAAUCACAGGCUAUUUUAUUGAUGCUGAUUGGAGGUACCAUGAGGUACUUCUUGGCUUUAAGCCAGUUUAUGGUUCGUAUACAGGUGCGAAUCUAAGUGGUGUGCUCCUUCAAACUCUUAUGGAGCAUAAUAUUAAAGACCGAGUGUUUGGAAUCACCACGGAUAACGCAUCGAAUAAUAAGACUUUGGUUACUUCUCUCCAGCAGUCUCUCCAGCAGGCUCUCGCAGAUGAUGUGAUUCUUCCUCGAAUUCCAUGCCUUGCUCACGUUAUCCAGCUCAGUCUCCAGCAGCUUCUUGGCCGUAUCAAGGCAAAUCCAUUAAAUGAGUCAGCCGAGACAAAGUGGACAGAGAAGCAGUCAAGACUGGCAAAGCUUAACGCGCAGCACCAAGUACGUGAGAUUUCCUAUACCUUGAAUAAGGUCCGCUUUCUCGCUAUCUACGUCAAUGCGAGUCCUCAGCGCCGGGAAAUAUUCUAUAAUCUCCAGACAACAGACGUGAAGCUAGUGCCUAUCCAAGAUGUGAAAACUCGAUGGAAUUCAACCUUCUUGAUGCUUCGCCGGGCAAAGCGUCUCCGUGAUAUCUUUGCCCCAUUCUGUACGGAGUACGACUGCGAGGAGAUGCUACUAAAUGACGAAGAGUGGCGCCAAGUUGACUAUCUUCUUUGCAUUACUGAGCCUUUCUUUGAUUAUACAACUCAACUGUCAAAGACUCGUGAUGUCACAGCGCAUUAUAUCUUCAAGAUUUAUAAUAAGCUCUUUGAACACCUUGAACAGUCAAUGAAACAGCUACGACGAAAGCGCGUUCCAUGGAAGCAAGAGAUGCUCCACGCGCUAGAAGCUGGUCGGGUUAAGCUUGAUGAAUAUUACUCUCAAACUGGUGGUAUUCAAGGACAUCUCUACGCUAUCAGCACAAUGCUUGCGCCUGUGAACAAGUUUAAAUUCUUCCUAACAAACGAUUGGGAUCAGGAAUGGCGCGAUACGUAUCGCAACUCCUUCCAACAGGCACUUAUUCCAUACCAAGAGCAACUCUCAACGCUUAGCCAGUCCUUAGAUGGAACCCGCCCGGUUGUUCAAUUAAGCCCAAAGCUUGAUAAAAUGUUAGAUGAAAGUAUAGCACAACCAGAGACAGCGACUAAUGAAAUCACCCAGUAUCUUGAUAGUGAUACUAUUCAUCUUAGGCCUCUUGCCUUCUGGAGAGAGCACCAAACUCGCUUUCCAGCAAUUGCUGCCCUUGCACGGGAUACACUUUCCUUCCCGGCAACAGGUGCAGGUGUUGAACGACUCUUUAAUACUGCUCGGGAUAUCUGUCAUUAUCGUCGAGGGAGACAAAAGAAGCAGACAAUUGAAGAGCUAAUGAUGUUUCUUUGUACUUCAAGGUUUGAUAUUGAAGAGAAGGAGGCGAAGUAUCUAGAGAAAUUCUUCUCUCAUAUCGAGAUAGAAACAGCGAAGGAAGAGAAAGAUGAUAAGCUUGAGGAGGUGGAAUUUGACUUGAUUAGUGAUACUGAGGAGGCAGACGAGGAGACAAGUGAUCAUGUACAGCUAGAUGAGGUAGAUGAGCCCCAGCUUCCGGCACCUGAGAAUAGUACCCAGGUACGGGCAUCAGGACGGAAACGUAAGGCUCGAGAGGAUGAGGUCUUUGAGUAUUACUCAAAAUGA